UUUAGAGAUUUCAGUUAUAUUGGAAGUCAAAAUCAUAUGGCAGUUAGUGAUCUUGAUCUCCAACCUGGUCUGAAAUAUAGAUUUUCAAUGAAAUUUUGUGCACAUAGUAUAUGUUUCCCUACGAUAAGCAGUGAUGGUGUUACUGUUGUACCAAGUUGUCCUAUUACUGGCUCUAUUGAAGUUCAUCUUGAAGAUCAAAAGAUAAUAGUGAUAUUUGCAAUGAUGUACGACCCCGACAUAGAAGACAGGACAGAAUCAAUUGAUGCAAUUGGAUCUUAUGAAUGGACAAUAACUGAUAAUUUCGUUGAUGGCAAACAAUUUGAAAAAUGGGAUCUUGUAGAUCAUAUUCAAGCUAUCAACAAUACGCAUUUUAAAGCAGAGAUGCCCCUGUCUGGUGACAUCGAUUUCACUAAAUGCAAGCAUGUUACAAUAAGAGGAACUAAUAAGGCUGGAGUAUGGUCGGUAAUAUCUGCAGAAAUAAAACAGUGUCAUGUAGAAGACGGCCACCAACAAAUUGUACCAAGAUUAGUCAUUGAUGCAAUCGGAGAUGGAGAAAUUGAUUCAGGAAUAGGAAAUAAUAUUAAUUUGAAAACAAAUGAGGCAUGGACUUUAUUAGACGAGGACUAUACGCCUUUCAAGAAUGUUUUGUCUGCUGUAUGGCCUUCUUUGAGGCACAAGUCAUACCAGUGGGGAGUGGUUCAAGUUAGAAACAUUGAUGCUCAAACAUUCUACAGAGAGUUUACUGAUGUUGUUAUUUCUGAUCCAUGUUCUCAUCCUGAUUCAAUACAAUGUGGUGAAACAGAAGAUAACUACGUAAAUACUGAGUUCAAUGAAACCAAGUAUUUAAUUCAUGGGAGACGAUACUCGAUCUGUAUACACGCACCCGAAACUGUGAUUGAACAUGAAAAAUGGACAGAAACAUUGGACACAGUAACAUCAUGUAGUGAUGGUGUAACAGUUGACUUGACUCCACCUGUAACUGGAAGAUUAUGGGUGGGCGCUGAUCCCCUUGUAGCAUAUCAGACUUCGUCUUCUGAUCUUUAUAUAGCCUGGGAUUCCUUUAUUGAUGUAGAAGAACAAGAUCAUUCUAUGCAAUUUUCAGGAAUCAGACAAUAUUCAAUUUCUAUUGGUUCCAUUGAGGGUGGCAACGAUUUAAUUGAUGGAAAAAAUGUAGGUCUUACUAAUCAUAUGUCUUUCCACAGUCUGCAACUUCAGAAGGGUCAUAAGUAUUUUGUGACUUUGAGAGGUUUUGACAUAAUUGGCCGAUAUUCAGAAAUACGAGCAAAUCCAAUAACUAUUGAUACAACACCUCCAGAAUGGACAGGAGAAUCCAUGUCGAUCAGUGGAAGACUUCUUUCCAAUUUGAGUGAAAUCGAAGCUUGUUGGGAGAACGUCUUUAUGGACAGUCAGAGUGGUAUAGACCACUUUAUGUGGGGAGUGGGAUCCAUAAGCGGUAUUGAUGAUAUAAUACCGUUUUCGAUGACAUUCCAAGAGUGUGCGAUGCCAGUUCAGGAAGACAGAUAUGUUUUAUCUGAAGGUCAACCAUACUUUAUAACGAUUACGGCAUUCAAUAGAGCAAAAUUAUCAACAACCAGGUCUUCUUGGGCUUACAUAUAUGACAUUUCACCGCCUACUGCUGGCCAUGUCUAUGAUGGAAUAAAUGAUAAUAUUCACACUAGUACGAAAGACACUGAUUUCCAGACAAAUAUGACACAUCUGUUUCUUCGCUGGGAAGGCUUCCACGAUCCACAUUCUGUAAUCAAAUACUACAGCGUUCACAUUGGAACAUGUCCUGGUUGUAAUAAUGUGAUGACUGAACAAACUGUAGGCGUACAUACAGAUUUUACUCUGCAUAGCUUCAACCUAGAAGCUGGUAUCAAAUACUUCGGUACCGUCGUUGCAUGUAAUACCGGAAACCUAUGCACUGCUGUGACAUCAGAUGGUGUUAUCAUAGAUAACAGUCCGCCCGUUCCUGGUAUUGUACAAGAUGGCACAAAUGUCCAUGACAAUGAAUACCAAUCAUUAAGAAAUUUAUUGUCGGCAAAAUGGUUUGGAUUCACGGAUGCUCAAUCAGAGAUCGACUACUUUGUGAUUCGUGUAGGAACAGAACCUGGAUCGGGUGAUAUAUAUCCACCAAGGAUUAUAACUGCACAUGAUAUGGUUUUAUUGACAGAUUUACCUGAACCAUUACAUCUUAAUCGUCGGAUAUAUACAACCAUACGUGCUUAUAAUAAAGCUGGACUUUAUUCUGAGUCAACGUCUAAUGGUGUAACAGUUGAUAUGUCAGGACCUGACGUAAUUGAAAAGCCAUAUUUUACUCGCGAUUUAGGAUCAAUAGUAGAAGGAACAUCUGUUCUGAGGUCCACACUGAGGCUCCAAUGGAGAGUUGAUGAUGUGCAAUCUUCUAUACAUAGGCAGUACUUGUCUUUGUCAUCCCAUAUGUAUGGUGAAAUAAACACAUCUAGAACUAUGUUGAAUGGUAUAGCCAGAGAAUAUACAUUGACUGGUCUGGAUUUAAAUGAUGGGAUUUCUUAUUAUGUAAAGUUGAUAGUAUGUAAUGGUGCACAGAUCUGUACAGAAACGGAAACAGAUAAAAUUCUAGUAGAUAGCACGCCAGCUUCUUCCGGAAUGUUUGCCAUCAGUACAAGUCAUGCAGCAAACCUUCAACGUCAUAGACAAGGAUGGAUGACUUGGUCGGAAUACCGUCUAAAUAUAGCAUUACUUGGUUUCAUUGAUCUUCAUACUGAUAUAGACAAGUAUUACGUAUCUGUUGGGCGUGAUUUCAUGACUGACAACCUAAACAAGGUUCCCGGAACUCCAAUGGUGUUCUCUCAUAACGAUUCCACAACUAAAUAUUUGGAUGAGGGGCCAAUACAGCUUUUUGUUGUUCAAACUCAACCGCUUAAUAAUGUUGAUACUGUUUUUAUUAGUGCUUGGGGAGUGAAUAAGGUUGGAUUGAGCAGUUCUAUGAUACAUUAUCAGUUCCGACUUGUUUCUGGAGGUUACUUAGAUCUUCUAAGGCGUUGUACGCCAUUGACAUGUCUUGGUCAUUGUGUUUGCUCGUCGCUGGGUACACGCUGUCAUCCAAAUGGAGAUGCUUGUACUGAUGUAUCAGCAGAUAACAAGAACACAUUGAUAACAGUGUCGGAUUUAACUGACUUCUCUGGGUCUAAUGACAACGAUGUCCAAUUUACGCCAAGUAAUUCUCAUCUAUCAGCAAAGUGGAAAAUUGUUACACGACAAGGAUUGUCUCCGCUUUGGUAUGAAUGGAGUGUUGGUUUGUCGUCACAGGAAUCACCCCGAGGUGUAAUAGAUACAACUACUGACCCAUUGUGGCAUUACUCCGGACAGAAAAUGGAAGUCAUUUACGGUCUUAAAAGAGGUCAACAGUUCACAGAGUUACUGACGUAUUCUAUAUUUGUUAGAGUAUGGUACAGCAAUAAUGCAUACGCUAUAUUCAAGUCAAAUGGUGUCACAGUUGUGUCAGAACCGGUUGCUGUCAAUAGACACAGAGGAGCAGCAAUUGUUGAAAAAGUUCCUUCAUUUUGGAAAAGUGACGUAGACUUUAUCAAGCCAGGCUCCUUGUUUACAAUGAACUGGGAGAACGUAUUCAUCGGUCCACCUGGAAUGAUUGAAAAAUUCAAUGUUUACCUAAGUAAUUUUAAAGGAGGUGCUGAUCUCCACAAGGUAUAUGAGGACAUAGAUUCAUCCGCAUCUGCUGUAAAUAUAAGCCGACUUAACAUGCUUCCUGGAGUGCGUUAUUACAGCAAUGUAGUGGCAUAUACUUUCUCCGGACUACAGACUACAGUAUCCUCAGAUGGAAUAAUGAUAGAUAGUAGCCCUCCAGUCAUUGGAGUUGUAUAUGAUGGCUUAGGCCUCCAUGAUUUAGAAUUUCAAAACAAGUCAGACGUAGCAGCAGCCACAUGGCAUGGAUUUACGGACAUUGUGUCAGGUAUCGAAAGAUAUUUUUGGUGUGUGGGGACGAAUAAAAUGGAUCAAACUUGUGACGUUCUACCUCUUAAAAAUGUUGGAAUUCAAACAUCAGUUUCGUCAAUGCUCCCAAAACAUUUACACAAUGGACAACAAGUGUUCAAUAAAAUAAUUGCAGUGGAUUGCGUUGGACAUACCACAAGAAUGAUAUCAUCUAAUGGUGUAACUAUCGAUACAACACCACCAGUGCCAAUAUCGUUCCUCCACGCAGACGCUAACCUUGUAGUUAAUCCAUCCUUUGAAGAAACCAAUGGAUGCUUCAUGGAAAUCAUGGAUAUUUCAGAUUAUCAUUUAUGUGACAAUGAUAACUGUUAUAAACCGUCUUCAUGGAAUGGAGAUGAUUGUGUUGCUACUAUUAAAUCUGAUGUUGAUACCGCUUACGAUGGACGAUCCUUUGUAUUCUUAAAAGGUGUUCUGGAACAAAAUAUACAACAACUUUCACCCGGAAAUCUAUAUAGGGUAACAUUCGUAACUAGUCAUUUACCUAUUAGUGGCGCAGUUGUGUCUAAUAUAGAAGGUUCCGUCAUGUUUAAUGACAAAGAGCAUGUUUUUCACAUUUUCCCGAAAAAAAACAAAUCUGACAUAACUUGGCAUCUCCAUACGUUUUACUUUAAACCUAACACGGACGAUGGUAAAAUAAGAAUCACUAAUCGUGAUAAAAAUCUUGGUUUUCUGAUUGAUGGUAUAAAGAUCCAGAAAGUGGAUAUACAACCUACUAGUGAAAUCGAAAGCACUGUCCACGUACAUACCGUUGGACUACAUCGUUGGUCAUCAAUACAUGCUUCAUGGAAUUUUGAAGAUUCCGAAAGUCCUGUUUCCGAAUAUAUGUGGGCUAUAGGUUAUACAAAAGGAAACGAAGAAAUGCAGCGUUUUCAGAGCGUAGGAACAAAUAAUUUUGCAUACAAUUACAACCUUACCCUUCCUCAUGCAUCGCAAGUUUUUGUCACAGUUGUUGCUAUGAAUGCCGCUGGUUUGCGUUCUGCAGCCUACUCUUCUGGACUUAAUAUCGACCAAACAUCGCCUGUCAUUGACAAAAUCCAUGAUGGGGCAGGUGUUGAUGUUGAUGGCCAAACUUCCAAUAUAAUAACAGCCAAUUGGAAUGCUAAAGAUCCCGAAUCGGGUUUGGAUUAUUGUGAAUGGUCAAUAGGUUUGCAACCAUAUGGCAACGAACUUCAACCAUUCAUAAAAACAGUAAACUUAAAAUCUGCAUCCGCUACGCUAGAUGAAAGCAUCAUAUCUCAGAAAACUGUUUACGCAACAGUCAGAUGUCAUAACAAUGCAGGCUCCUACUCUUCUUCUACAUCUGACGGUGUUACUAUCUCCGACAUUCCUCCCUCUAGUGAGCAAGCUUUUAUAACUGUAAUACCUCAGACUUUAAAUGAGUAUAGUCCAGGAUACUUCCAUCAGCAGGACACAACAUCCGUUAGAAUAAAAUGGUCAGGAUUCACGGAUCAGUUUAAUAUUAUGUCUUUUGUUGUACAGUUUGAAGGCGAACAAAUGUACUUACAAAACUCGAUGCUGGACAUCAAUAAACAAGUUUCUUAUUUUGUGAUGAAUGGAUUGGAUUUGCCUGAUGCUGUAUAUACCAUAAAUGUUGUUGCCAUAAACUCUAUGUAUAUCCGAAGUAGCAGGGUCAAUUCAAAUUUAACAGUUCAAAGUUCUGUACCUGCUCUUAUUGAGGGUUCUAACAUAACAACAACAAAGAAGGGCGAUGACAUAACUUUAAGCUGGACGAAUUGUUUUACAUAUCCUGGACGGCUGGUAUAUGAAGUAUCUGUAGGAACAGUACAAGGUGGCGCUGACGUCAUUCAGUGGCAGGAAACUACAGAAAAUUUUAUGAUUAUAAAGCUCACCGAGAAAUUGAAAAGUAAACGCAAUCUGAAUUUGUAUUGUUUCAUCAGAGCAAUUGGUGAGAGCGGGAUAUUUUCUUCCAAAAGUGACGAUUUUAAUACAUAGCUGAACACAUAGCAUGUCUACAAAUCAGGGGCAAUCACCGAAAGUUAAUAACUAGUUGAAUUAAUUGAUGUACAUUUGUAAUUUUUAAUCAUAAUAAUUAUCAAUUAGUCAUUUGAUUAUAUGACAAACAUACUUAGUAUCACAGGUUUUAGUGAUGUAUAUAUAUAUUCCCUAAAUUCAUUCAGAACGAAACUUACACUGUUAGAUCUAAGCUUAAUUUUAAUGUGUUACCAAAAAUAUAGAUACAGAUUGUCGUUUGAAGAGGUAUACAAAUGAUAUAUUUAUAAAACUUCUUAUCAUAUCUGCAUAUGUUUUAUAUAGUUAUAUAUAUGAAAUGCCUAGACAAUCAACCUAACGAUGUUACAGUAGAUUUGAUUCGUAACUUCCUUCUACGACAACACCACCUAGCAAUGCGCAGAGACCCUAUCCCCUCCUCUAACUCUAGCUUAUAAAAAUAAGCUUUUGUUUCGGGAGGUGUUACCUUCUUGUAGGAAUUAAGCAAGGAUCUCUGAUAAAAUACACGAAGUAUUUUAUACAUAUUCUAAGGCCAGGUAUUUCUUAAUCAUAAAAAAUCCGAUAGACAAGGAGUUGUCACUACACACAGGCACACAUAUAAUUAUAUAUACAUAUAUAUAUAUACAUGUAUUUAUUUAUUAUAUUUAGUUACAAUCUUUUUCUUUCAACGUGACCUUUCGGAAAUUUUUUUUUUAGUUCAACAGUUGUCAUCUUAUUUUUUAAUUACAUAUAAGAUUGCUCUUUUUUGUAUAUAUAACUAUAAAUUAUAGCAACUGAAUAUUUUCAGGAGGACAGAGGGUAACUUUCGUUCUGUUUCAUAAACAAGCUAUAAUUUCUUCAAAGUUUUUUUUUUCUUGAACAAAUUCCAUUUUAUUAAUAUUUUAUUAUCAUACAUUAACGCACGCCUGGCGCAUAUAGAAAAUUUCAAUCAUGGUAUCUUAAAGGCCGUACGGUGACAAACAAAUGUAAAUUGUUGUGUCAUUCUGUCUCUUAAAGAUAGUUGUCUAAUUGGCAAUCAUAACACAUCUUGUAUUUUUGAAUGUAUAAUGAGUUUAUUCUUAUAAAUUUGUCUUUCCAAUGUAAAAGAUAAUAGAAACGGGGAAUGUGCCAAAGAGACAACAACCCACCCAAAUGAUUUUAUAUAUAUUUACUUUCCUGUUGAAGCUAAAUCCAGAAAGGUGAGUUGGGAGCACGAAAUUAAUUUAUUUUCAUUUAUGAAGGUUAGCUUAUUUUACAUCAUCAUUGUUUUCUUGAUAAUUCGUUUUUGUUUACUUUUUAUAUGUUUGUAAAGAUAACGUUUCAAAAGGUGGCGUUAUGUAUCCUAUUUGGAAUUUUGUCAUUACAGCUUGCCAAAAAUACACUAAAACUAAUUAUUCAAAAGAUUUAAAUGUUAGUAGUAACUGUUUUAUACUAUUAUAGGUUUUUUUGGUAGAAAUUUGAUAUAUAUAUCGUUUAGGUGAAAGUUUUGAAUGUUAUACUUAAUACAAAUUCAAUAUUGACUGAAAGGAAAAUAAACUUUGCAACCAAAUGUUUCUAAGUUUUAUUUACGUGUUCCUUGAUUCAUAUGGAGGACACAUAAUUUCAAACGAAUCGUUAAAUGAUGAAUA